AUGGCAUCUCUGUGGUACUGCUGCGGCUGCAACUUCGGCCCUCACAACUCGUCUCUCUACGAGUCUUGCAUCCAGUGCGGAGCUCACCGUUGCGCUCGCUGCGUUGACGAGAAGAUCUCCGACAACAUGAGUGUUCACUCCCACAACAGCAACCCAAUCUCCGCAUACCCAGCUGCCGUUCACAUGGAGUCACUUCGCACCCCAAUCCUGAAGACCACAGCUAUGUCUAUCGUCGUACCAGAGCUUCCCGGUCUACGACCUCUACCACGGACCGAUUGCGCAGGUAUCUCGCCGGCCUCACUACCUGGAACGAGGUACAACAGUGAGACCUACAUGUACAUCUGCUGCGCAUGCAAUGACGGGCCUAAGAUCUACAACCAUCAACCCCAGUGCGUGAGCUGCAACCACAUGGCCUGCGGCAACUGCACAUAUGUCAAGUGA